CUGCUGUCUAAAUGUACACCGUGUACAAAACAGAACGGAACAGUGUGGUAAACAAGCUCAGCAGUCGAGCGAAGCUAUACGGUUUGUUCCGAAAAUGUCGCGAAGAAGACUGUUAAAUGUAGGCUGCGCUUUGUGGAAGAAAAGCAACAGUGGUGGAUUAAGAAACCCAGUUGUUUUAUGCGCCAGCUUUGCCACGAGCCCGACACAAAACGAGCAGAAAUGCUGCAAAGAAGGACAAAAGUGUGCAACAAACACAGCAGCCACCCCGCUCAGACACCACCAUGGCAAUGGAAAAGCAAAGGGCGAGGAAUCUUUUACUAAACCCGGGAGGUCUUUUUCUUCUACCGCCCCGCAAAUCGAACAGAAAACUUACUUAUGGGCGAGAUACAACGAAAUGAAACGCCUGGUGCACGAUUUGAUUCCUCCCGGAGUGUGCAACCUUCUCAAUCCGUCCACCAUCUAUGCCAACAACGAGGUGAACUUGGAAGAGGUGGACAUCUAUGGUUUUGAUUAUGAUUACACGCUGGCCCUCUACUCAAACGCCCUCGAUGAGAUGAUCUACAACAAAGCCCGAGAGUUCCUCAUAGAGCACUACAAGUAUCCUCAGGGUAUCAGCAGGUACAGAUACAUCCCCAACUUCGUGGCUCGAGGCCUUCAUUACGAUAUCCAGAAGGGACUGCUGAUGAAAAUCGAUGCUUUCCAUUAUAUUCAGCUAGGCACUGUGUAUAGGGGUCUGAAGCCUGUUCCAGAUGAUGAGGUCAUGCAGUUGUAUGGAGGUUCUAAUCACAUCCCUCUUCACCAAGUCAGCGGCUUCUAUGGAAAGGGACCCAAGAUGAAGCAGUUCAUGGAUGUGUUUUCCAUCCCAGAGAUGACACUUUUGGCUUCUGUUAAUGACUAUUUUAUCUCCAACGACAUAGAAUACGACCCUGAGCACCUCUACAAAGAUGUGUCUGAAGCUGUUGGAAUGGUGCAUAUUAAGGGGUACAUGUACAAGUGGAUAAUGCAAGACUUGGAGAAAUAUAUUCUCAGAGGAGAUGAGACUUAUGCAGUGCUGCAUCGACUAGCCAGCCAUGGGAAGAAGCUUUUCCUUAUUACCAACAGCCCCUUCAGCUUUGUAGACAAAGGCAUGAAGUACAUGGUGGGAAAAGAUUGGAGGGACUUCUUUGAUGUUGUCAUUGUUCAAGCUGACAAGCCACACUUUUUUAAUGACUGUGUGAAACCUUUCAGACGACUGGACAGUAAUGGAGUCCUCCAGUGGGAAAAGAUCAAGAGUUUCGACAAAGGGCAGAUUUACAAACAGGGAAACCUUGUUGACUUUCUGAGGCUGACAGGCUGGCGUGGCUCCAGAGUGCUCUAUUUUGGGGACCAUCUUUAUAGCGACUUGGCAGACCUGAUGCUGCGCCAUGGGUGGAGGACCGGCGCAAUUGUUCCUGAGCUGGAGAUUGAGACAAAGGUGGUGAACACUGAACAGUAUGCACAGAGUCUUACCUGGCUCCAGGCUCUCACCGGCCUGUUAGAGCGCAUGCAGAUGUAUCGUGAUCCAGAGUCCAAAAAAGUGCUUCAAGAAUGGCUGAAGGAGAGAGAAGAGUUUCGGGCUCUCACCAAAAACUUGUUCAAUCCCCAGUUUGGCAGCAUCUUCCGUACGUGCCAUAAUCCUACCUACUUUUCUCGCCGACUAUGCCGUUUUUCUGACCUCUACAUGGCCUCCAUCAGCUGCCUUCUGAACUACGAUCUCUCGUACACAUUCUACCCACGUCGCACUCCUCUGCAGCACGAGGCGCCCCUCUGGAUGGACCAACUCUGCACUGGUUGCAUGAAGACCCCUUUCUUGGAGGAGAUGGCCCACAUACGCUAAACUGUUUGCUACACACGCUGUCCAGUGACGCACAAAUUUAAACCAACUUGCAAACAUGCCAUGUGUUACAAACUCUUAUGUUAAUCAGGGUCAUGUUAUAGAUGUGUGCAUAGCAAAAACAUCUUAUUAAAAUGAUCACCUUCCUUGAAUGUCAGGACUUCAACCACAACUGUAAGGCAACCAAGCAAUCAAAACCAACCGCUACUGGAAAGAGCCAUGUAGGUAAAGUGCUGAUCUUUAGGGACUUUUUCUUUUUUGAGCUAGUGUGCUGAUCAUAACUGCACCAUCUGCUGGAACUUCUGUUACACUGCAUUUUCUACAUUUACAAGGAAAGGAAAUUGAAACCUCCUGUUUUGCUUGUGACGCACAAUUAUAUUAAAUUUUUUAGGAAGUUAUUUACAAUGGCAUUGAUUGCCUGUUUUAUUUUUAACUGUUCUGCAAGGUACAAUGUAAUAACAUUGCAUGCUUUUGACUUGCUUUUUGUUUGUCAGGUAAAAGAAAGAGAAGCGUACAGAAGUGGGGUGUAAAGAGUGUAAUCUGUUACACUUAAGUAUUUUUUCUUUCUUUUUUUUUUAACCCUUAAACCAUGAUGUACUUAUUGCCAGGGGUGCUGUGGACCGUAUUCAUUCUGGACAGUUUUUGUUUCCUAUGGUCUCCUUGGGCCCCAUGUCCACUAAGGGCCCUUAGCUCCUUACCCACUUACCACUCCUUUGUGACACCCUUGUGUAUUGUGUUAAUGUGUUGAUGUUUUUGAUAAUCCUUAAAGUCUUAGCAUUGGUUUGUCAAACUAACCAAGUAAAAUAGCACAUCUCAUCUAUGAGCUUUUCUCUACUACUCUGAAUAAAAAAAGAGAAUUUGC